AUGGCAGAAACAACUCCCAAGCUCACUUUCCGUGAGCAAAUGAAAGGGUUUCCAGUAUGGCAAAUGGUCGUACUAAGUUUGAUCCGUUUUUCUGAACCAAUAGCAUUUACAUCACUUUUCCCAUACGUUUAUUUCAUGAUUAGAGAUUUUCACAUUGCCAAAACCCCUGCUGAUAUUGCAACAUAUUCAGGUUAUUUAGCAGCUUCAUUUGCAUUUUUCCAAUUUUUCUUUUGUGUCCAAUGGGGAAGAGCAUCCGAUAAAGUUGGAAGAAAGCGUAUCUUAAUGUUAGGAUUAGCAGGUACUUCUGUCUCCAUGUUGAUUUUUGGAUUUUCCCCCAAUUUCUAUGUUGCUAUGUUUGCCAGAUCACUUAUGGGUACUUUAAAUGGGAAUAUAUCGGUCAUUAGAACUUCUAUAGGAGAAAUUGCAACAGAAAGGAGACACCAAGGUAUUGCAUUUUCGACUUUACCAUUGUUGUGGAAUAUAGGUGCUGUUGUUGGACCAAUGGUUGGAGGUUCAAAAUACUUGACAAGACCAAAGAAUCCCAAUUCAGAAGGAACUGCCUUUAUAGGCACUUACUUAUUAGGUGUACAAAGUGAAGCCUCCAACAACGACAAUCUUUAUGAACGCUUCCUUAACAAAUACCCUUAUGCAUUGUCAAACAUCGUGGUAGCAUGUUUCUUGUUAUUCAGUUUAACAAUGGGUUUCUUGUUUCUUGAAGAACCAUGUGACAAGUUCAAGAAGAAAAGAGACGUUGGUUUGGAAAUUGGUGAUUUUAUUUUGACAAAGUUAGGCUUCAAAAUGCCGGUCAGACCUUGGCAAAAGGUGAAACAAACUCAAACAACAAGUAGUAUCCCAAGUGAAUCAGUUCCAACAGAACUGGCCCCAUUGAUAACUAGUAGGCUUCUGUCUGAACAGGUGUAUUCCACAGUUGACGACGAAGAUGAAGAAAAUGUUGACAAUGAAGAUUCAGAAUCAAUCGACUCAUUCGGUCCAAUAACCAAAUCAUAUUCCCGUGCACUUGUUAGAAGAUAUUCAUCCAGUCAAUUGGGACCAGUCGUUUCAAGAACCACCACUUCUGCAUCUAUCCUUACCACAAAUAUAAGUCAAUCUUUCACAAGAGAAAUCUUUACCCCUGCUGUUAUUCAGACAAUGGUUGCAAAUUUCCUUAUUGCAUUCCAUAACGUCAUUUGUAGCGAAUUCCUUCCAGUGUUACUUGCUGGUAGAUUACUUGUUGACGAAUUGAAAUUUCCAUUUACGAUUGUCGGGGGAUUUGGAUAUGACAGUGACAGCAUUGGGAAAUUACUUUCCAUUUCAGGGUUUGCUGGAGCCGUUGGGGUUAUGUGUAUCUUUCCAAUUCUUGAUCGUAAUUUCAAAACAUUGACUUUAUUGAGAUUUUCUGGAUUAAUAUUCCCUGUUGCAUAUGCCAUAGUGCCAUAUUUGAUAUUUACCCGUACCGAAUACAAUCCAAAUUGUCCACCAUGGUUGACAAAAACAUUAUUGUACAUUUUGUUCUGUGUGUCGAAUGUUUCUGGAGCUGUAGGUUUCCCUAAUAUCUUGAUUUUAGUACAUAGAUCCGCACCAGCUAGACACAGAGCAUUCGUCAAUAGUUGUGCAUUGAGUAUGAAUUCAUUGUCCAGAUUCAUUGGUCCUAUCUCCUGGGGAUAUCUUAUGUCCUUCAGUGAUAAGUAUAAGAUCGGAUGGCUUUCUUGGUGGGUGUUAUCCAUUUUGGCCUUGGUCAUGGUGGUACAAACAUUCUUUAUGAAGGAUUAUGAUGAAGAUGAAGAAGACAAUAAACAUGGAAAUGACAAUCAAGUUUAA